AUGAAACUAGAUGCAAAAGUGUUAAGAUAUAUGAGUGCGGAAGAGUUCCGCGUUUUGACUGCAGUAGAAAUGGGGUCUAAAAACCAUGACGUAGUUCCUACUACGCUUAUUGCACAAAUUGCUGGUUUACGGCAUGGUGGUAGUCAUAAGUUACUGGGAGAAUUGGCAAAAAGGAAUUUAGUAGCACGGGUAAAGAAUGCAAGAUAUGAUGGGUAUCGAUUGACAUAUGGUGGCUAUGACUAUCUGGCAUUAAAAACUUUUGCAAAACGCGAGAGCAUUUAUUCUGUGGGCAAUCAAAUCGGCGUUGGGAAAGAGUCUGAUAUUUAUAUUGUAGCAAAUGAAGAAGAGAGUCAGCAUGUAUUAAAAAUACAUCGGUGGAAUAGACUUGGACGCGUUUCUUUUCGCGCGAUUAAAUCGAAACGUGAUUAUUUAAACAGACGAAAAUCUGCAUCAUGGAUGUACAUGUCACGUCUGGCUGCCAUGAAAGAAUACGCGUUUAUGAAGGUAUUACAUGAAAAUGGGUUUCCAGUCCCAACACCAAUAGAUCAAGUUCGACAUUGUAUAGUGAUGGAAUUGAUAAAUGCCUAUCCAUUACGACAAAUUUCAGAGGUUAAAGACCCAGGAAAACUAUACUCUGAUCUCAUGAAUAUCAUUGUUCGACUAGCCAAUUACGGACUAAUCCAUGGUGACUUUAACGAGUUUAAUAUUCUGGUAAAAGAAAAUAGUGAGCCUGUGCUUAUCGAUUUUCCGCAGAUGGUCUCUACGUCACAUCCAAAUGCUGAAUGGUAUUUUAAUCGAGAUGUUGAGUGCAUACGUAGAUAUUUUCUACGGAAAUAUGGCUAUGAAAGUAUGCUUUAUCCGAAAUUUCAUUUAGAUAUAAACCGUGAAUUCGACCUUGAUGUUCAAGUAGCUGCUAGUGGAUUUACUAAACAGCAUCAACAAGAGUUAGAACAGUAUCAAGCUGAGUUGAAUGAAUUUCAAGACCAAACAGAAGGUUCACCAUUAUCACGUGAUGAAGAUCCAGAACCAAAAAACAUAAAUCGAACAUAUUCUGCACAUCGUGACAUUACGGAAAUCCGGUCGAUAUCCACUAAUCUAUCAUUACCCGCAACUCGUCUUACUGACGUCGAAAUAAAAAAACGUGUAACGCAAUCAUUAUCAAAGAAAAAUCGGAAACUACAAAAUAACACGACUCAUAGUUCUCAUAAACGGAAUCAAGCUAAAGGUAAAGAGAAGCGAAAGGCCGCAGAAGUUGCGAGAUAUGGAGGAAGGGAUGGUAGUAUUUUCGACUAG